AUGGCGGUGAUUAAGGGUUACAUGUGCGUUUUUCUUUCCUUGAUAAACUUGAGGCACUGCCUAGGAUUGUACGCAGAUCAAGUUGGGCUCUUCGACUGGCGUCAGAGCUACAUCGGGAAAGUAAAAUUUUCAUUUUUCGAUGUUUCUACGCAUAGCAGCAAACGUUUGUUUGUUGGCACGGAAUCGAACGUGAUUGCUGCCCUAAAUUCGAGAACUGGUGGUAUUCUUUGGCGUCAAGUUUUGGAAGAGAGCGAAGAGGUUCUAGAUACAUUGCUUUAUCGUGAAAACGUUCUUUUAAGCUCUUCAAGCGCCGGAAAAUUCAUUCGAUCUUGGGAUACUGGUAAUGGAGCACUUCUGUGGGAGGCAAUUGGCAAUUCUGCUUCUUCGCCAAGCAAAAAGAUUACAAAUUCACCUUUCCACGGAUGGAAUGGACCACAGACAGCGUUGGUGGAGGCCAAAGAAAACGAACUUGUGGUUUCUCUGGCUUUUAAUAUCAUCAAAGCAUUUGGACUUCAAGAUGGCUCAGAAAAAUGGUCAGUUGAUAACAGUGAACAGACAGCUGAUUAUUUCAGCUUUCAACAUUCCAGUGGAAUUUUAUAUGUUGUAGGAACCCAAAAUGAUGUAGACAUUGUUAUUCAGAAGCUAAAUGUAGAGAAUGGGCAAAUGAAAGGAGAAAGACGCGUUGGAGCACCGUGGGUCAACAGUGGUGCUAGUUGCGUCUUUGUCAAGAAGUCAAGUUUGGUUUGCGCAGAAACAUUCAGCAAUAGCAUUCACGUUAUUUCCCUUACUGAUGAAUCAGCACCAGUGAAAACAAUAUCGUUACCUUCUUUAGGGCUAGGAGUCGAAGAACUCUCUCUUGGCAAACCUACCUUACACUCAUUUGGUUCUUAUUCAAAUUCCUGGGAUGAACGAUCGGAGUUCCUGUUAAAACUCUCCAAUACUCAUCAGCUUAUCUUGAACUUAAACAACGAUCAUAGCAUUACAGUCCUGACCAAAUUUACGGAGCAGUCUCUACUUAGAGCAGCUGUACUUGGCAACAAGGCUAUAUUGGUUUCAAUUACACCAAUCACUGAUGAAUCCUUAGAGCUUAAAUGUUAUGACUUAGACAACAGAAAAGACCUUUCAGACAUGACGCAAAAGGUAGUCUUAGUAGAUCACGGAGAACCAGAAGAUGCUGUUGUUUAUUUGUUUAAUAAGAAAGAAAAUGAACUUGGAUAUAGAGUAUUCCUGGCUACCACAGAUCAUUCAGUGUCAUUGGUACAGUUUCCUGGACGUGUCAUGUGGUCUCGGGAAGAAGCUCUUGCUGAAGUCACAGCUGUAGAGGUGGUUGAGCUGCCAUUUUCACCUUCACAGGCAAAUUUUGAGACUCUUCAGGAGGAGUUUGGUGCUCAUCCAAAUGGUAGGGUAGUACGGUUAGGAGAGUCGUACAGGGGAUCUCUGUCUGGCGUGGGUCGUGAAUGA